UUUAAAGGCUGCAAGACCCGCCAAAGCAUGAGUGCCAUGGUUCAUGGCAGUUCACACCUCUCAAUUAUGGCUGUUAACAAGGCUUUUCUUCUCUUACCGCGCAAUACCUUUAUACAAGAAAAUUCCACCUGUACCCACCAACACUUUCUCCACACUCGCUCAAAACCAAACCCAACCACCCGCCAAGAUCAGAACCUUUUCUCAUAUUUUCCAAGAAUGCUCGAAACAAAACUCUCUGAAUCCUGGAAAACAAGCACAUGCUCGAAUGAUUUUUUGUGGGUUUGAACCUACAACCUUUGUGUCCAAUUGUUUGAUGCAAAUGUACAUAAAAUGUUUGCAUUUGGACUAUGCGUGCAAGGUGUUUGAUAAGAUGUGUCUGAGGGAUGUGGUUUCUUAUAACUCCAUUAUUUCUGGAUAUGCUAGUUGUGGGGAAAUGGAUAUUGCGAGAAAGUUUUUUAAUGAGAUUCCGGAGAGAGACGUGGUGUCAUGGAAUUCAGUGAUUUCCGGGUUUUUGCAGAAUGGUGAGUGUCGGAAGUCGAUUGAUGUUUUUUUGGAGAUGGGGAGGUGCGGUGUGGGUUUUGACCGAGCGAGUCUUGCUGUUGUUUUGAAAGCUUGUGGGGCUUUGGAAGAGUGUUAUAUGGGAGUUCAGGUUCAUGGACUUGUGGUGAAGUUUGGAUUUGAUUGUGAUGUGGUCACUGGGAGUGCUUUGCUUGGUAUGUAUGCAAAGUGUAAGAGAUUAGAAGAUUCACUUUCAGUUUUUAGUGAACUUCCUGAGAAAAAUUGGGUUUCUUGGAGUGCAAUGAUUGCUGGUUGUGUUCAAAAUGAUCGGAAUGUUGAGGGUUUAGAGUUGUUCAAGGAGAUGCAAGGGCUGGGAGUUGGGGUUAGUCAAUCUAUCUAUGCUAGUCUUUUCAGAUCCUGUGCAGGAUUGUCAGCAUUAAGAUUGGGUAAAGAGUUGCAUAGCCAUGCUUUAAAGAGUGCUUUUGGAUCUGACAUUAUUGUAGGAACUGCCACUUUGGAUAUGUAUGCAAAAUGUGGCAGGAUGGCAGAUGCUCAAAAGGUACUUAGCUCAAUGCCAAAAUGUAGUUUGCAAUCGUUUAAUGCCAUUAUCGUUGGGUAUGCCAGAAGUGAUCGAGGCUUUCAAGCUUUGAAGUCAUUUCAGCUUCUGCUGAAAACUGGCCUUGGUUUUGAUGAAAUAACUCUAUCCGGAGCAUUAAAUGCUUGUGCAUCCAUCAGAGGAGAUUUGGAGGGGCGUCAAGUUCAUGGAUUAGCGGUUAAGAGUAUUUCUAUGUCAAAUAUUUGUGUUGCAAAUGCCAUCCUUGACAUGUAUGGUAAAUGCAAGGCUCUUGCUGAAGCUUCUGAUCUGUUUGAUAUGAUGGAAAAGAGAGAUGCUGUCUCUUGGAAUGCAAUUAUCGCAGCAUGUGAGCAGAAUGGAAAUGAAGAGGAAACACUUGCCCAUUUUGCAUCAAUGAUUCACUCAAGAAUGGAACCUGAUGACUUCACUUAUGGCAGUGUCUUGAAAGCUUGUGCUGGUCGACAAGCUUUAAACACCGGCAUGGAGAUCCAUACUAGAAUUAUAAAAUCUGGAAUGGGUUUUGACUCAUUUGUGGGAGCUGCCCUUGUUGAUAUGUACUGCAAGUGUGGAAUGAUUGAAAAAGCAGAUAAAAUACAUGACCGAACAGAACAAAAGACAAUGGUUUCUUGGAAUGCUAUUAUUUCUGGAUUCUCUCUGCUACAACAAAGUGAGGAUGCUCACAAAUUUUUUUCAAGAAUGUUGGAAAUGGGUGUAAACCCAGACAACUUCACUUAUGCAGCAGUUCUUGAUACUUGUGCAAAUUUAGCUACUGUUGGUCUUGGGAAGCAAAUACAUGCUCAAAUUAUCAAGCAGGAACUGCAAUCAGAUGUGUACAUAUGCAGCACCCUUGUUGAUAUGUACUCAAAGUGUGGAAACAUGCAAGAUUCUCAGCUGAUGUUUGAGAAAGCACCUGACAGGGAUUUUGUAACAUGGAACGCCAUGCUUUGUGGUUAUGCUUAUCAUGGUCUUGGAGAAGAGGCAUUAAAACUUUUUGAGCGUAUGCAAUUUGUGAAUGUAAAGCCAAAUCAUGCAACUUUUGUUUCUGUCCUCAGAGCAUGCGCACACAUGGGGCUUGUUGAUAAAGGGCUGCAUUACUUUGAUGUCAUGCUGAGUGAGUACGGUUUAGAUCCUCAAUAUGAGCACUAUUCAUGUAUGGUUGACAUACUAGGGAGAUCAGGGCGCAUUGAUGAGGCAUUGAAUCUUGUUCAAAAGAUGCCUUUCGAAGCUGAUGCUGUUAUCUGGAGAAAUCUGCUUAGUGUUUGCAAGAUCCAUGGGAAUGUAGAGGUUGCAGAAAAAGCAACUAGGGCUCUUUUGCAAUUGGAUCCGCAAGACUCUUCUGCUUGCGUUCUUCUAUCAAACAUUUAUGCUGAUGCAGGAAUGUGGGGUAAUGUUUCGGAGAUGAGAAAGAUGAUGAGGCAUAAUAAGCUGAAAAAGGAACCAGGCUGUAGCUGGAUUGAAUUGAAAGAUGAAGUGCAUGCAUUUCUUGUUGGGGACAAAGGCCACCCAAGACACGAAGAGAUAUAUGAGAGACUUGGAGUGCUAAUAGGAGAGAUGCAGUCAGUUGGAUAUAUACCUGAUUGUGAUGUUUUGCUUGAUGAGGAAGUAGAAGAGCCUGCGCGGCUAGAAGAGCUAAGAACCUGCGCAUACAAUAGUUUAAUAUGUUGAUGGCUGGAUCUUAGAAUUAAGGGUUUGAGAAGUCCUGAGGAUUCAGUAAGAUUGUAGGUUACGCAGUAUGAACAUUCUUGUUUGGUACAAUAGAGAGCUUACGCCAAACCUCAGAUUACUAUCCAGGCACAUUCCUUUUUCCAAUUGAGCUUCUCACCCAGGCGGGUACAUGUCGCUUACUCUUGGGAAAUCCUGGAAAGGGGAAACUGCGGCAGUUGAGUUAUCAAAAAAGAAAAACGUGGAUCAGAAAUGAUGUUGGAAAACUGGCCAUCAAAUACCUCCAGAAUCCGGAUAAAAUUUGCCUCGAGUUUUUGUCGUCAAUUUACAGCAAUGUACGACAUCCAUAAGGAGCAUUUUCAAGUUGUAAAACCGUAUCAAAUCACUUCCCAGAUUCAGAAAGGAAGACCUUCAAGAUUGUACGCUGCAUUCUUGUCCUCUCGAUGGUGUAUCAUUUUGGUUAUCCACAAAUCUGGGAACAAAGAUCUUAACAUUA